AUGGAUAAAAAACCAGAAGUUGAACACAUUUCUCGUGCCAAUUCAAAUGAUCUUGACCGUUUGGGAAGUCAAGAUAGUUACAACUAUGAAUUAAACUCAAAUGAUGAUCAAUUCAAUAAUAAUAAUAAUAAUACAGAAUAUGAUGAUGAAUUAUUUAAUGAAAAGCCUGAUCUUUCAAUGGCUUCAAUUCGUCAUUAUUUUGCAACUAGAUUAACUACUUUAUUAGAUUUACCAUUAUAUCAUACUGAUAAAAGAUGGUAUCAAGUGAUCAAUCCUAUUCCUGGUUUGAAAUUAAUGACUGCUUCUGAUUGGAAUUUUUAUGGCUUAGGAUUCUUUGCUUGGGCUUUAGAUGCUAUGGAUUUCUUUUGUGUUUCUGUUGCUGCUCCUGAAAUUGCUCUUACUUUAAAUAUAAGUGUUACUGAUGUUACUUGGGGUGUUACAUUAGUUUUAAUGUUGAGAUCCGUUGGUGCUUUAAUUUUUGGUAUUGCUUCUGAUUAUUUUGGUAGAAAAUGGACUUAUAUUAUUAUAUGUGCAUUAUUCUGUGUUGUUGAAAUUGGAACUGGAUUUGUUCAAACUUAUCAACAAUUUUUAGGUGUUAGAGCCGUAUUUGGUAUUCUUAUGGGUGCUAUGUAUCCAAUUAGUAUGGUUACUGCUUUAGAAAGUCAACCUGUUGAAGCAAGAUCAGUAUUGCUGGGUUUAUUCUUACCAGGUUAUACAUUUGGUUAUAUUUUAGCAAUGGCUUGGUAUAGAUUAUUCAUCACUACUUAUAAAGAUGGUGAAGGAUGGCGUUCAUUACUUUGGUUUUCAGCUGGAUUAUCUGUUAUACUAAUUGUUUGGCGUCUUUUAUCUCCAGAAUCUCCAGAUUUCAUCAAUAUGAAAAAUAAAAAGAAAAGAUUUAAUGAACAACUUAAAAAUCAAGAUGAUCCAAAUAAAAAGAAAAAAUUCUGGCAAAAAUUCGAUUAUUCAAUUAUAGUUACUUUGAAAACUGAAUGGUUAAUGUUUACUUAUUUAGUUUUGUUAUAUGCUGGUUGGAAUUUUACUACUCAUGGUUCACAAGAUUUAUAUGUUACAUUAUUGAAAAAUCAAUAUCAUAUUGGAAUUGAUAAAAGAACAGUUAUUAUCGUCACAAGUAAUAUUGGUGCCAUUGUGGGUGGUAUUAUAAUGGGUCAAAUGUCUGAAUUAUUAGGUAGACGAUUAACUGUUAUGGUGAGUAUGGUUGUUGCUGGUGCAUUCCUUUAUCCUUCAUUUUUUAAUGCCGAUCAAAAUUGGCCAGCUUAUAUUUUCUUAAUUGGUGCAGUAUAUGCUUCCUUCAGUGUUGGUCCAGCAUAUCUUUUAGAAUUAGUUAAUUCUACCCAUAGAACUUUAUUAUCUGGUGUUGCUUAUCAAUUAGGUAAUUUAAUUUCUUCAGCAAGUGCCACAAUUGAAGCUAGAAUUGGUGAAAAUUUCCCUCUUGGUGAACCAGGAAUGUAUGAUUAUGGGAAAGUUAUGUGUAUCUUCUGUGGUGCUGUUUUCGCUUACAUGUUGUUUAUUAUUUUCUUGGGUCCUGAAAGAUUCCAUAAGAAUUUAAGAAUUCAUGAUGAUGAAAUUCAACAAGUUGAAGAUGAAUCUUCUAGUACUGUUGACAGUGUUAGAGAGAAAGUCUAG